GCGGUGCGGAGGCGGCUCCGGGAGCAGUUCCGGGGCAGCCCCGGCGGGCGGGCACGGCGGGGCCGUUCCCGGGAGCAGUUCCGGGGCAUUGUCCGCUUCCUCGGCGGGCGAUUCGAAGGCGAUGCUGGGGGCCGCGGCCGGCGCCUCGGCGGGCGAGCAGGACACUCUGUCGCUGUGCUCGGAGCCGAGCGCUCUGCUGGAGCACUCGCUGUCCCUGCUGGAGCCGGGCGCCGGCCGGGCGCAGCGGCGGCGGGCGGACGAGGCGCCCAUGCCCAUGGUGUUCCUGUGCGCCGGCUGCCGGCGGCCCGUGGGCGACACGUCGGGCUGGGUGUCCAACGACGAGGAGAGCGGCUGCAUCCUGCUGCGCAGUGAGUGCCGGCCCCGCCGCCCCGCGCCUCCCCCUCACGGCCGCCAUCCCUCCCUCCCUCCUUCCCUCCCUCCUCCCGCUGCAGGUGCGACCGCCAGCGUCGCCGUGGACCCGGAGCGGAAGAUCUCCAACCUGCCGGGCGAGUGCGGAUGCUUAGUAGAAACCUUAUUCUGCUCUGGCUGCUCAAAGACACUUGGCAGCAUCUACAGGUGCACCUCAAGGAGCCUUGACUACAAGAGAGAUUUGUUCUGUUUCACUAUUGACUCCGUGGAAAGCUAUAUUCUAGGAACCACGGAAAAGCAAGCUGUCAUCCAUGAGGAACCACUUACGCUUGAAACUCAAGCUGUCUUUAAAGAGGUGCUGGAAAAGGUGAGAUUUAACCUUAUAAUUAAUAAUUUGUUUAAUUCACCUCUGUGAAACUUUAAUAUGCUUCAACAGUUUCUGCAGAACAGCUUAUUUCACCCAGAGUAAUUCAGUGCAUUGUAGCAUGUACUGGUCUGCUUCCUGUCAUUGGUUUCUUGUGUUAUGCAAGAUUUUCAGUAACUUUUCCUUCAAUUUUCAAGGUAAUUAGCAUUUUCUGUUUAUCAAGCACAGCAUUAGGUUCCUAUUUAUGUCUCAGGAAUUUGAUAUGUUGUUUCUAGUUAGUUCUGAUUCACUUCUCCAGAUCUUCGCUUAACUUUUAGUCAUGUUUCUUCUGCCUUUUGUGCAAAUGGACUUAAUGCUUUUGCUGUUUUUGCAUUGAAAUACAGCAUCAUAAAUCAAGGUGAUGUUUUGCUCUACUAAAAUCUGGUGACUGCAGGUGGGAAGAGCUGGGAGCAAAUAGUGUUAAGGAAGCUGACUGUGGAAACUGGAGGCUGUCCAGCAGAACCUGGGUGUGUGGCUGUGACACCAAGGCUGGAAAAAGUGGACAGUGAAUGUUAGAGUUGGGUGAGCUUUCA